UUACAACAUUAACAUGGUUUGUUCCAUUAAACCCCGCGCUAAGAAUUCUGCCCUUACUUACCUAAUUGCCCCUGCCUGCCCCUGCAGGCGGGGUCGGUCUGGCACCCAAGUUCUCCCACUACACGACCAGACUGCAGAGCCAUGACCCUUUCUCGCGACCGCAGCCACGAACACCCGCCGAGACUGGUCAUCGCCAGUCCCAUCACGCAAGCAUGGGCAAGGAAGAGCAGGCCGAGGAGCGCGAGGUCCUCGCCUCCAUCUUCCCCGACGAAAUCACCGAUAUCUCCGACUCGGAGUUCCGCAUCGCGAUCAAGCUCGACCUACCCGACGACGACAGCGACGCCGCGGCGGGGGCCAGCGAGCCGCCGACGCUGAUCCUGCACGUGCAGUACCCGGAGGCGUACCCGGACGAGGCGCCGGUGCUAGACCUGCUACCGGCGGCGGGGGCGGCGCCGCACCCGGAGUUCUCGGUGGGCGCGGACAAGGGGGCGCUGCUGGCGGGGGUGGAGGCGGCGGUGCGGGAGAGCCUGGGGAUGGCGAUGGUGUUCACGGUGGUGACGGCGGUGAAGGAGGCGGCGGAGCAGCUGGUGGCGUCGCGGCGGGCGGCCGCCGCCGCGGCGCGCGACGAGGCCGCGCGCGCCGCCGAGCGCGCCGAGAACCAGAAGUUCCACGGCGACCCCGUCACGCCCGCCAGCUUCGCCCGCUGGCGCGACGCCUUCCGCCGCGAGAUGGACGAGCGCCGCGCCCGCGACGACGAGGACCUGCGCCUCGCCGACGCCAAGCGCCCCCGCGCCGCUGCUAAAGAACCCCCCCGCCUCACCGGCCGCCAGCUCUGGGAGCGCGGCCUCGCGGGCAGGGGCGACGAGGCCGAGGCCGAGGUCGACCCCGACGACGACCCCGACGUCCCGACCGAGCGCGUCGGGAAGCUCAAGGUCGAGGAAUGAGCGAGGGGGUGGGGGGAGGUGUGGUGGUGUGUGCAGGGACCUGGUUUGAUGUGCGAUGGCGAUGGCGAUGGACUGCCUGCUUGGCUUAUUCCUGCAUUUGUUUUGCAGUAGAGCAUUUCUCGGAGUUUUAGGCGUGCUAAGGGGGGAGGGGGGAUCCAAAAAAAGAGGUCUUUCUCUCUCUCCCUCUUUUCUCGUUCGAGGCAGAACAUGCUAGGGGUUUUCCGCAGUCUAUACCUAUAAGAAGAGUACAACCGGAAAUGUGCAUCAUCUGUUGCGCUCCUUUAUUUUCUCUGAUCCCAAACGCCGCCCUGCUUAGCCGGAACACUGCAAUAUAUGCCCUAAGAGACUGUGGUAUCAUCUCGCCCCUUGCCCCUUG